ACACCCACUGCACUCUCCCUUCUAUUAUGGGUUGUGCGUAAACCAACGUCAUCACGUCCGCUCCAAUCCCGGUCGGCGGACGUCAUCACGCUGAUUUGUACAGUAUGCGGAUGGGCCGCAGCCCGUUAGUUAAGCUGUUAAAGCUGGAGCGCGUUUAGUAGCUACAGAUCUGCGCUUUACGGCUGUUUCUGUUUGUUAACGUUUCUCUCUUUAUCGCUACGUCGCUCUUCUUUACCGAGAGCAGCUGAUCCGCGGCGGAGGAGGAGGGAGCUGCUGAAAGCUGGGAGAUGGCCUCCAGCCUGCUGCGAUAAGGACAUUUUAAAAGAAUAAAACAAAGCAACAGACGCUCCACUGCCGUUUACCGUUCAUAUUUAUUUUAUUAACCGAGGUAAAACAAACCACCGAGCCAAUAUGUCAACCGAGGAUCUGUCCACCUCGGACAGCGAGGCUACAGGGGCCGUGGCCGGGGAGCGCUGGGCGCCGGUGGGAGCCGUGGCGAACCCCGAGGAGGAGCAGUGGAGCCCGGGGAGGAGGAGCGGGGCAGAGCCGCUGGACUCGUUGGCUCUUCAGCCCGGCUCUCCGGGCUCCAAGCUCCAGCGGCUCGAGGAGGAUCACGAGCAGCUGCGCGCGGCGCUGCUGGCCGUCAGCUCGCACUUCGCGCAGGUGCAGUUUCGCCUGCAGCAGGUGGCGCGCGCGCCGGCGGACGAACGGGAGCGCACGCGGAUGCUGGAGGAGCUCGAGGAGUUCGCGUUCCGAGGAUGCCCGCACGUGCUCGGGCUGAGGGGGCAGGAGAACCCGAGUGAGAGGGAGAAGCGUGAGCGUCUGGAGGCUCAGCGAGAGAAGCAGAAGGAGCUGAUCUUCCAGCUGAAGACACAGCUGGAUGACCUGGAGCGCUUCGCCUAUCAGGAGGGCAGCUAUGACUCACUGCCACAGUCUGUUGUCAUGGAGAGGCAAAGGGUGAUCAUCGACGAGCUGAUUAAGAAGCUGGACGUAAAUCUAAACGAGGACAUCGGGAAGCUGACCCCAGAGGAGCUGCGGCAAAGAGUAGACGCAGCCAUUGCCCAGAUCGUCAACCCAGUCCGAGUCAAAGAGCAGCUGGUAGAGCAGCUCAAAACUCAAAUCAGGGAUUUGGAGAUGUUCAUUAACUUCAUACAGGACGAGGUAGGGAGUCCUCUUCAGUCAGAGGGCGGGAACAGCCAGGAGGCUCAUACAUCAGGCCCUAAACCUCAAACUCAAGGGGGCAUGAAGCAAGUUGACCCUGAGCAGGCCCAGCGUCUGCGUGAGACGGGUCUUCAGCUGAUCCAGAGGGCUCUGGCCGUGCUGCAGAUCUUUGCCCUGAGUCAGUUCGGCUGCAGCGCCGGCCGCGUGCCCCAGAGUGUGUGGCCCCAGGGGGACGGGGCUCAAGAAUAUGGGCCGUUACUGCAGAAGCUGGAGGUUGCAGUUGAGCGGGUGCGUGUGCAGGCAUCUCGCAGGCAGCCGGCUGGUCAGGAGGAGCACGUGGUCAGUUACACCUCCAGUCUGUGUCUGGGUGGUCCCGGAGACGAGCUCACAGCUUUGGUGAGGAAGGACCUGGCCUUGGCUCUGCGGGACCUUUUGGCCCACGGUCUUUACACUCCCUCGCAGGGCAUGAGCCUCGUUCUGGCACCUAUUUCCUGUUUGCUGCCAUUUAGCCCCUCCCCACAAACCCUGCACCCCUGGGAGCUGUUCGUGAAGUAUUAUCACUCCAAAAACGGCCAGGCGUUCGUGGAGUCUCCAGCCCGCCAGCUGUCGCAGUCUUUCAGCCUGCCACUAGGGCGCAGCAAGGUGACCAUAACACCAAAGCAUUCGCUGCUCUGGGCCAUUCACAGCGUCCUGCAUGAGCAUGACCGUUACAAGCGCAGCGCUGACUCCGAAUUCAAGGCUUUAGUGUGCAUGGCGCUCAAUGAGCAGAGGCUGGUGUCCUGGGUCAACCUGCUGUGCAAGUCCGGCACCCUGAUUCACUCCCACUACCAGCCCUGGAGCUACAUGGCCCAGACGGGCUUUGAGGGAGCGCUGAGGAUACUGGGACGCCUCAGCCACCUCAAGUUCAACCUCCCUGUGGACCUGGCCGUGAGGCAGCUCAAGAACAUCAAGGAUGCUUUCUGAUCUUCUGUUGUGACCAAUUUGAAUGUAGCUUUGGGGUUGUGGCUUUUUAACCCGAGAGCCAGGCAGGAUGUUUACCUUCUUUGUUUCAUAUUCGUUCACUACUGUUGCACUAUGUCAACAUUUCCUUCCUUGAGAAGAUAUUUACAUGUCCUUCAACCUGUUCUUCUAGGUCGAUGUAUUUCAGAACUGCACCGGGCUCCACCCACAAGUGUGUUCUUUAGUGGCUACUGUUGGAAUGGUGAGAAAGCUUUACAGAAUAUUGGGGAAAAACUACUCCAGUCAACAUUGCCUAUAUUUGAUUAAAAUAUUAAUGAGAGACUUUAGCUCUGCCUCAGUGUAUAGCACAAUACCUACAGUUAGAGUGUUAUUAAUAUACAGCUCUGGGGAAAAAAUAAGAGACCACUUAAAAUGAUGAGUUUCUUUGAUCUUACCAAUUUGAAAACCUCUGGAAUGUAAUCAAGAGGAAGAUGGAUGAUCACAAACCAUCAAACCAUACUGAACUGCUUGAAUUAUUUUGCACAAGGAACGGCAUAAAGUUAUCCAAAAGCAGUGUGUAAGACUGGUGGAGGAGAACAUGCCAAGAUGCAUGAAAACCAGGGUUUUUCCACCGAAUAUUUAUUUCUGAACUCUUAAAACUUUUUAAAUAUAAACUUGUUUUCUUUGCAUUAUGUGACGUCUAAAAGCUCUGAAAGCUUUUACCAUUUCUCAUUUUCUGCAAAUAAAUGCUCUAAAUGACAAUAUUUUUAUUUGGAAUUUGGGAGAAAUGUUGUUCGUAGUUUAUAGAAUAAAACAACAAUGUUCAUUUUACUCAAAUAUAUACCUAUAAAUAGCAAAAUCAGAGAAACUGAUUCUGGUCUCUUAUUUUUUCCAGAGCUGUAUAUAUCCACCCCAAUGAGAAACUGUAGCUCUGUCUCAAAAUAUCUAUAUUUUUUAAGUUUUUUUUUUCUCCAGCAUUCUGUAAAGUUGGCCCACCCUCACCAAAGUAGCAGUUUAGGAACAGACCUAUGGGAGGAGCUUGGAUUGGGGAGGAGUUCUCAUUUUGUCACUGUUUCACAAAAGGGUUUCAGAAUAGGAAACCUGGCGAGUAACCUAAAGCACUUUUAAUAUAGUUAUCACUUUUAUUGCAAUCUUGUAUUAGCAUUCAAAUCCCCAAGCUGUAAGAAGGAUGAAAGAGGUUAAAAACUGACUAUGCUGCAUUAAAUGAUACCUCAAGUGGAUUUGACACUAAGCUUUAGAGCAGUGUUUCUCAGUUCUGGUCCUGGCACCUACCUGCCCUGCACAUCUUUAAAGAUUCCCUGCUUUAACACACCCCAUGCAAGUCUGAGAGGACUUGUUAAUC